GAAAGAUUGCCUCCCCUAAAAAAAAUAAAUGAAAGCCACCGCAUCUUUUCGAUCAGACGUUGACCAUUACUCACUUUUACUUUUACCCCCAAUCACCACCGUCCAUUCUCGGUGCACCCAAAGCCUCUCAUUCCCAUUUGCUCCUUUAAAUUGUGCGGCACGAAUCCGCAUAUAACCUAAAAGAAUAUGCCACGUGUCUUACUGUAUACUAAUCCUGGUUACUGUAUCAUCCUAUCCUUAUCUAACCCUAGUCGAGGCUAUAUAUACCUUUCCCACUCAGUCUUCUACGAAAGCUAUAUAGCAUUUCGUUACCAAACCUGAAAUUAUUUUUUCCGAUUUUUCCAGAGCUAAUAGGAAAAGGCCACCAGAAAAAAAAAUCAGAAAUUAUAUAUAUAUUUUUAAAGAAAACCAACCCUAAAAAUUCCGAAAAUUUAAUUCUUUUUAUGAAUCAUAAUUUCGUUUCGUUUGGUUGCAUUGAAAAUCUGAAAUGCGAAGAAGCGAGCGUUUGGUUUAACGAAUCAAGCAAUCAAACGUUGAAGAAAAAGAGAAAGUGGAAGAAGAGAUUUUUAUUCAAGUGAGAAGGAAAAAGAAUCAGAGCAAUGGCAGGAGAGGAGAGAAGAUUCAAGAUUGGUUACGCGCUUUUACCGAAGAAGGAGAACAGUUUCAUCCGAGAGUCGUUGGUGAAUCAGGCAAAAUCUCGAGGAAUCGAUCUGGUUAAGAUCGAUAGGGAACGUCCUUUAGUCGAUCAAGGGCCGUUCGAUUGCGUGCUCCACAAGUUGUACGGUGAGGAUUGGAAGAGCCAGCUUGAAGAUUUCCGUUCUCGAAACCCUGGUGCUGUAAUUAUUGAUUCUCCUGAUGCAAUCGAACGGCUCCACAACAGGAUUUCGAUGCUCCAGGUGGUGUCCGAACUCAAGAUCGAGAAUCAAAGCGAAACUUUUGGGAUCCCUAAACAGAUUGUGAUUUACGAUCAAGAAACCCUAUUUGAUAAGCAAGCUUGGGAAUUGCUUAAGUUUCCCGUGAUUGCAAAGCCCUUGGUGGCUGAUGGAAGCGCCAAAUCACACAAAAUGGCUCUGGUUUUUAACCACGAAGGUUUGAACAAGCUUAAGCCCCCAAUUGUUUUGCAGGAAUUUGUUAAUCAUGGAGGGGUUAUUUUCAAGGUUUAUGUGGUUGGGGAAUAUGUGAAAUGUGUUAAAAGAAAGUCUUUACCUGAUGUUUCGGAGGAAAAAUUGAAUAGUUUAGAAGGGUCUCUACCCUUUUCUCAAGUUUCCAAUUUGGCUACUCAUGAGAAAAGUGAUGAUAAGUAUUAUAAGAUGAUGCAUUUGGAGGAUACUGAAUUGCCGCCACAGAGUUUCAUGACGGAUAUUGCCAAGGGUUUGAGAAGGGCCAUGAAUUUGAACUUGUUUAAUUUUGAUGUGAUAAGAGAUACCCGAUUUGGAAACCGGUAUCUUAUUAUUGACAUUAACUAUUUCCCGGGUUAUGCAAAAAUGCCAGGGUAUGAAACAGUUUUGACUGAUUUCUUUUGUGAUAUAAUGAAUAGGAAAGAAAGGGAAGUGGUGGUGGUGGAGAAGCAUUAGGUUGAGAAGUGUAGUCAGGAGAAGGUGGCAGGGACUGAUGGAAGGCAGGUGCUUAGUUGUGAGGAAGAAGUAAGGAAAACUGUGACCAAUUCUUGCUGUAGUGAUGGGGAAGAGAAGGAGAACUCUAUUCUAGUUUGACCAAAUUUUUAGGGAAUUUGAUGAAAAAGGUGUAGCUUGGUUCGUUUCCAUGGUUGGUCGUUUUUGGAGGGUUGUUGCAAUUGUAUAAGGAUUGGGACCCUGGUGCUAGCUUGUGGAGGCGAAGCCAAUCGCACAUUUUCCAUUUUUAGACAUCAGUUCGUACAGUGGUGAAAUAACUAGGUUGGCUACUUUGAGUUUAGUUAUAGCCUCUUGACAACAAUUACAUGAUGUUCGGUGUUAAUCAUGUAUAUUCUGUCCACGGUGCUCUGGAGAUAGGUACUUUUCAAAAUACUUUGACGUUUUAGGGAAUUUAAGCUGUACUUUGAGGCUUUUAAGUUUUUUUGCUUAGUAAUUGUUAUACUUUUGAACUUUCGCAAGUUUAAUCAGUGGGUUUUGCCAUAUGGUUUCAUUUUAAUUUCUUGUUUUUCCAAUGAUACUUUCAUUUCAAUUUUUUUUCCUUUUUAUUUGCUUUGAAUAAAUUGAUGUGCUUCUUUAAAUGUUUGAUCAAAUUUGGGUUUGAAGAAUUGAUUGCUCUGGUGUUUUUUUCUUUGAAAUAAUGAAGUUGGUAGUCCGUCAUGGCAUCAUCUGAAUCCUCCCUAAAAAAUGUGAUGGUUUUCCCCUUUUUGAGUUUGGAUGAUUAGGUUGCUAACUUGCUAUAUAAAAUUGGUAAGUAAAAAACAGAAUGAAAACAUUUUGUCACACUCUGAAAUUUAGCUUCAGGAUAUGGUUUAUAUUCUCUUCCAUGUUUUGUGGAUAAUUAGCAU